AGUAACCAUCUGUAGUGUCCAGUCAGUCAGCGCUUGUAUCUAUCUAUCUAUCUAUCUAUCUAUCUAUCUAUCUAUCUAUCUAUCUAUCUAUCUAUCUUUCUAUCUUUCUAUUUAUCUAUCUAUCUUUCUAUCUUUCUAUCUACAAAGUAAGUAAACUGUUGGCAGGUGUAUAUGACGGUGUUGUGGAUCAUUAGUUCGACUACGUUCUGCAAUGCUUCAAACGCCAGUCUUACUUAUUGUGAUAUAUAUUUACUCAAUCAUUCGUUUGCAUACCCUCUCCCUAAAUGUUUAAACGUUUCGCUCUGUGACAAACUUACUCAGCUACUGGACAUCUACGUUCAAAAAUAUACACAUUCAGAAAUCCGUUUAUCCGUACAGUCAUAACAUAUAAUAAAUACAUUUGAGAUAUGCAUUCGUAAGUACAAACAUACACACAUCCAUCCACACACAACCGCCACACACAUAUAUACAUACAUAUACAUACUUAUAUAUUAUACCCAGUUAGUCUGACACAUACCUGCAUAUACGUACACAUACCUACUCACAUUUACAGAUAUAUAUACAGACACACACACACACACACACACACACAUAUAUAUAUAAACUUAGCUACACAUCUACAUACACCGAAAUAGGUAGGUACACCAUGUGCGGUUGUCAGUCGUGGCCGACAGUCAGCGCACAUUGACUGCGGCUCCUGUACUCCGUUCCUAAUUUAGAUAAUCGUUAGCAUAUCUGUCGGGGCGACACUUCUGAAUUAACUGCGAAAACUCGACAAAUUUUAUCAAGGGACAAAGGGCAAAAAAGUAGAUUAAAAACAACAAUAAUUUAAUUUAACAUAAUAAGCGAUAAUCUCUAACGAUGGAAUCGGAAUUUUGUCCAACACCUAAAUCACCAAAUCGCCCAAGUUUGGGUUCGAUGGAAUCGGAAUUUUGUCCAACACCUAAAUCACCAAAUCGCCCAAGUUUGGGUUCGAUGGAAUCGGAAUUUUGUCCAACACCUAAAUCACCAAAUCGCCCAAGUUUGGGUUCGAUGGAAUCGGAAUUUUGUCCAACACCUAAAUCACCAAGUCGCCCAAGUUUGGGUUCGAAAUCAUCGGAAUCACUAGAAGAAACGAGCCCUUUGAACUCAACUACAAUGGAAUGCACCGAAUGCCCUGAGUGCCCCGAAUGCCCUGAAUGCCCUGAAUGCUCGGAAUGCCCGGAAUGCCCGGAAUAUCCAGUAUGUCCAGACUGUCCGGAUAAUGAUCUUGAACCUUCAGAAAAUGACGAAGAAGCGUGUAAUACGGAAGAUAAAGAACUUGCAUUGUCCAUUUCAGAAGAAUUGAUGGAACCGACCGAUCCUACGAUUUCAGUAUCAGAAACUUUCUUAGAAGACAUGGAAACAAUUGGAUCUUUAGAUGACCUUACAGAAGCAAAUUCAAUGACGCAAGAAUUUCCAGAAUCUAUGACCGAGGAAAAUUCCUAUGACCAACGGGACGACUUAACUCAUCAAGUACCGGAAGAAUCGUUAACUACUGAAUCUGCCGUUUUGUCAUUAGUCGAAUGUUUGGAAACUACUGGGGAAAGAACAUUGGGAGUUCUGGAUGUACCAUCAACGUUGGAAAUCCCUUUUACAGAAACAUUACAACCAACGGGAAGUAUUAUGGAUGGACCAAUACUGACAACUUCAGAACAUCAACUUUUUGUGGAAUGUAGAAAGUCUGUACUAAUGGAACCUCAGGGUCCGGUAAGAACGAGAGAACUGGAUAGUGCUCAAGCCCCGCGAACAUUAAACUUUGCCCUUCAUCAUUCUGUGGUCGAUACAACAAAUAUAAGUCAAUUAAUGGUCUUACGACCCUGUACAAAGCCUCCGAAACAGUUGGGAAUGAAAGAGGAAUCUGUCCACAAACCAGAGGUGCGGCGCAAAUGCUUGCUACGGAAUUGA